UGUGUAUGUAAUUCUUUAACUAGUAUUUGUACCUUAUUGUUUUUGAAGAAUAAAAUUUAAAAGUAGAUUUGUUUAAAUAUCUACAAAACUUGAAAACUUUAAUAUUAGCUUAAGCUUUCCGAUAAAAACACAAAAUAUUUAUUUCGGUGCUACUAUGACCUGGAUGCAAAUACAUUUAAAGGUUUGAUUGUUAAAUAUUAACUUUUGGUGAAACGAAAAUAAUAAUGAAAUGUCUACAAGUUUCCCUAAUUGUAAUCAACAAAUACAAUUUUCUAUGCCAAACAUUUUGUGAAUUAUAGAAAAUAAAUUUUCCACAAAUUUGGCAGGAAAUAUAAAAAAACAAUAAAAUUUGUAAGUUGGUGAAAUAAGCCAGUGAACAACGAACGUGCUUAAUGGGUGUUUAUUAAUUCAAUAUUCUGACAGCAGUCGCAGUAGAGGUUCUAGUUGCAACUACAUCCCUAGUGUCUUCACCUAAUAAAUUCUCAUUACAAUUUAGGUUCUGCUAUUCUGAAAUUUAAAUAGCUGGGUGUGUACUGAAAAUUAUAACUGCUUAGAAACUCUCUGUGGGAAAGCUUAUUGAAUAAUUUACAACACAUGAUCUUUAAAGCCAAACCAGAGAAACAUGGCUAUGAUAUCUACCUAAAAAAAGUAAUAAGUAUGACUGCACCAUCACCAUCGCCAUCAUUAUCAUUGCUCACUUAUUUAACCCCAUAAAAAGUGAAAAAAGAAAGUAACACUAUUAUUGGACUUGGCAAACUGUGAAAACAAUUACUCACGCGCCAGUCCAGUCCAUUUCCAACAUCCUUUCUAUGACUAUGACGUUAUAAAAUAAAUUGGUCAUAAUUUUGUUUUGUUUACAUUGUUAAAAUCUUCUUUCUUUCCUUUUGUUUUUAUUUUAUUCUGUGAACUUCCACCCUUAUUAUACGUCAUUCCAAAACAGUACAGCAAUCGGAUGAACUUAUUUUACAGUACACACAUAAUGUAGUUUCUAUGCAGCUUGUUUCAAUGCCUUUAGGGGUAGACAAUAGACUUUUUUGUUGAAAAUUUGUAUGGCUAUUAGUUCGGACGUGGUUUUCAUUGUCUUAGCAUUCAAAAUAAAAGUUUUCUUGCUUAAUACAGAAAUAUUGUUUUGUUUAAUGAUAUAAUUGACAGUCUGCCCGUUGUAUUUUCUGAUUGUGCAUUUAAAAGAAGUAAUAUGGUAUUAUGAAUAUAUAGGGUUCCUUUUUUAAAUUAAUACCCUGCUUGAUGGAUCCUCAGUGUAGUAUUAUUUCAAAGUUUAAAACAAAUUUAAAAAUGAUGGGUUGUUUGCCAAUUAAGCAUGAAAAACCUGCCGCGGUUAAAGCCAUGAAAGCGGCAUUGUUGAUCCAGCGUUGGUACCGUCGUUACCUGGCUCGCAUGGAAGUUCGACGUCGAUACACCUGGACCAUAUUCCAGAGUAUCGAAUAUGCUGGUGAACAGGAUCAAGUAAAGCUUUACAACUUCUUCAAUGCACUUCUAACUCAUAUCCCAGAUGCUUCUGGGAGAACAUCUGAGUCACAACCAACAUCAAGAGCUUCGUCUACUGACAAUCUAGACGCAAAAUAUUCGGAUGAGUCUGACGAUAAUGCAGAACAAAAUGAUGGAAAUUCCUCUGAAAAGACUUACCGUGGUCCACACCUAAAAUUUCCUCUGGAGAAAAAGGACGUCCAUACUUUGAUAGAUUUGUUUCGUAAGAAAAAAUAUAACCGUUUGCAUGCUAAGUAUGUAGCUGGAAUAUUAAGAGAGGCAUCGAAUAAACUAAAGCGUCUUCCAAAUCUAAAUCCAGCAUCGACCGCUAUUUCCAAACAAGUUACAAUAUGUGGUGAUUUGCACGGAAAGUUAGAUGACCUUUUGGUAGUUUUUCAUAAGAACGGUCUUCCUUCAACUGAGAAUCCCUACGUUUUCAAUGGAGAUUUUGUUGAUCGUGGCAAAAAAGGGCUAGAGGUUUUUCUUUUGUUGCUGUCGUGUUUCCUUGUCUUCCCUGGUGGUGUUUUUUUAAAUCGAGGCAACCACGAGGACACUGUUAUGAAUGCUAGAUACGGAUUUAUUAAAGAAGUUCAACAAAAGUACAAGCAUAAUUCUGAAAAGCUGUUAAAAUUAAUUGAAGAAGUUUAUCGAUGGCUUCCUUUGGGAACGGUUGUUAACAAUAGAGUUCUUAUCGUUCAUGGGGGAAUAUCCGACACUACUAAUUUGGAUCUCAUUAAAAGCUUAGACAGAGGAAAGUAUGUAUCAAUUCUUCGACCACCAAUUGCUGAAGGUGGUGCUGCUCCUGGUGAAGGUAUAGACAAAGUGGAAUGGAAGCAGGUGUUCGAUAUAAUGUGGAGUGACCCACAGCAUUUGGACGGUUGUGAACCUAACAGUCUUCGAGGUGCCGGAACAUAUUUUGGACCUGAUGUAACACAAACUUUUUUGCAAAAAUAUAAACUGUCUUUCUUAGUUCGCUCUCAUGAAUGCAAACCCGAUGGACACGAACUCACUCAUUCAGGAAAGGUCAUAACGAUUUUUUCGGCAUCAAACUACUAUGCUAUCGGAUCUAAUAAAGGGGCUUAUCUAAAGCUUAAUCCACAACUCGACACACAUUUCGUGCAAUACACCUCAGCAGCAUCGAAAACCCGAAAACUUACUUUCCGCCAAAGAGUUGGCUUAAUUGAAAGUUCGGCUUUGCAGGAGUUGGGAGCCAAAUUGCUUGACAAACGCCAAGAGCUAGAACGUGAGUUUAAGAAAAGGGAUACGAAGGGAACAGGCAAGAUAAGCCUUUCAAAGUGGUGUGAGGCAAUGGAAGAGGCUACUCAUUUAGGUUUACCAUGGAGGUUGCUUAGAGAAAAACUUGCUCCUUCGACAGUAGAUACGAAUACUGCGGCAUAUGUUUCGGGACAAACAACAAACGUUACAGAAAUUUGCUAUAGAAAUACUCUAGAACUGUUGGACACAGAUAUUAUAAAAACUGCUCAGGCUGGGAGUACAUCAGUGGCAGAUUCUCUUUACAAGAACAAAAGUAGCCUCGAAGCUAUUUUCCGUAUUUUAGAUAAAGAUAAUUCAGGUUAUAUAUCCCUGGAAGAGUUUGGUGAAGCAUGUGAUCUUCUUGAACAUCAUUUACCUGGUACUGAUACACGAGAACAAUUACUAGAAAUGUGCAAAAUGAUGGAUAUAAAUAAGGACGGUUCGGUAGAUUUAAAUGAAUUCCUAGAAGCAUUUAGAUUGUGCGAACAAGCUCGACGUGGAGAAGUACCUAGCUCAGUAAACUCACCUUCUGAGGGGAAAACGAUAAAUAUUGUUUGCGAUAAAAAUGGUCGAACAGUUAAGGGCCCUCGAAUCGCUUCAGAAGAUGAUGAUGGUGAUAUUGAUCCAUACGACCACGAUUCAAAAAUGCUCGUUACUAAAUCAAAGCAAAAAGAUGCACUGCCUAAGAAUAAAAAUCGUGCAGACUAAACAAAUACUAUAUUGUCAAAAAUACUAUAAUAUAUUUUACUAACAUACCUAAGAAUUUCUUAUUAUGCUUUAUGAAUUUACUUAAAUAAUUUUUUACAAUUUGAUCUACAUGAUACACAAAAUUUAUUUAUUUAAUUACUUAAUCUACGAGUAAAACAAUUUUCAGUUACUUAUACAUGCAUAUAUUUAUAAUAUUAUAUUUAUGUACUUAUAUUAAUUUCAAAUAUUUAUAAAGACUGUGUUAUUGUUUUAAUUUUAAUGUUGCCUAUCCGUCCAUGGGCAUUAAUUUUUUAUAUUGUUCAUAUAGAUAAUACAAUACCUAUAGCUUGAAUGAUGACAACAACUCUUGUCGUCCGUCGUUAAAUUAAGUAAAAUAAUUUCUAUUAUGUAAGUUUUAACAGUCAACGAUGCUUUAACAGGAAAAAAAUUGCAAUUGCAAAACACAAGCUUUAAUUAAUAAAUUUAAAACAAAAUCUUAAGAUAAAACUAUCAAAGAAAACAUAUAAAAAAUAAAAUUUAUGCGUCACCGGUGUACCUAUUGAGUAUCUGGUUUUUAAUGCAAUUAUCAAUAUAAAAGGGAUCAAAUUAUUUAUUUAAUAUAUUUAGAUUAGUUGAAGUAUAUACAACUUAACCGUAGAGAUGUAUUUUGCUAAAUCAAACCAUGAAAGCAAUCGUUAAAGAACUUUUUACAAAUAAAAAAUCUAUAGCUUUUCAAGUUGUUUGUUCAUGUUCAUCAUUAUUUAACUGAACAACUUCUUUCUAUUGAAAUACAAGAAUAAAACAUUUUAGCAGUUUUAUUUAUACCAAUUUAAAAUGUACUUAUUGUAAUUGAUGAACAGCAAUUAUUUUGGUACAAAUUUAUAACUGUUGUAAAAUUGAUGAGGUAAUAUAAUAUUGCCAAAUUGAUUUAAAAAAGAAAUUAAUUCAUUCAUGUAAUAAAUUAAUUUUUCAAUUUUAUCUUACAUACUCUGUAAAAACUCAAUUUAAAUGUAACAUUCCUUCUUUAAAAAUAAUUCUUUGAAUAAACGUUAGCACUGAAAGCUUAUCAUUACAUUAAAUAA